AUGGCACGUUCUCCAGACAAGAUAAAAAACAUCGAUGACUCAAAAGAAACUCUUAAACUUAGUGUGAGGAUCACUGAUCUAUGGUUUAUUGGCACGCCUAACAAAUCUGAGCAAGCUGAGAUGGUUUUUGUGGACUCCGAUGGUGAUGAGAUCCAUGCUGUUUGUAAACAAGACCAACAAGUCAAAAAAGAUGGACUUGAAGGAAAAUUGCAGUGUGUUCUAGACGACGUCCCUUUUAGAAAAUACAGGUUUGCUAGAUUUGCGGAUGUUGUGGCUGGCCAGUUUGAACCUGGGCCAUUGGUUGAUGUUAUUGGUGUUGUGGAGGAGGUUGUCUUUCGCCAAGUUUCAGGAAAAGGUAGAAGGGUAGUCUUUAAACUAAAGGACUUGAGCCAGCAAUUGCUAUCUUGCACUUUGUGGGAUGAUUAUUGCUUGCAGUUUUUAAAGUUCUUAGAUGAUUAUGAAGGUGAUGGCCCAAUUACAGUUCUAUUGACCCAUGGUAGAAUAAAGGAAGCUCGGGGAUCUUAUCCGCCAUCGGUCAGCAAUUAUUUCAAGGCUUCAAAGUUAAUUAUUAACCAACCGGUGAUGGAGAUUCAAGAAUUCAAUGAACGGCUUGCAGAGUUGGGCAUUGAGGCCCGCAUGUAUAGGCUUGAGAUGAUGAUCAACCACGAAGAUGAAAGCACAAAAUUCCUGCUUUGGGACCGUGAAUGCAGUGAAUUAAUUGGUCAAUCAGCUGAUGCAGUUAAUAAGCUUAAAAUUGAAGAUGGUGAUGUUGAUUUAAAUGCUUCACCCCAAGCACUUGAUAAGCUGUUGGGUUAUGAACUUGCUUUUAAGAUAAAGGUGCAACCCAAGUUCAGGAAUUCUGCUGUUUUGAAGUGUUCAACUGACUCAAGCUUAAUAAAUGUUGUGAUGGAUAUGCUAGCUGAUGCUGAGCCGCCAAAACCAUGGCUAUACAUGCAUGUCUAA